AUGGCCGCGAGCUCAAAGUAUCCUGCCAGAGCCCAUGCUCUCAAGCUCAUCCGCGAGCUCGUCCCCCUCAUCCCUGCGUCUCAGAAGGGCAAGCUCCACGGUAUAUUCCUCCAAGGUGCUCCUACGCUCUACCGGGACGAUACUGAUCAUGAGGAACCCUUCCACCAAGAAGCCAACUUCAACUAUCUUUCCGGCACUAUCCACCCUUCUUGCUCCCUUAUCGUCUUGUUCUCUCUAGCCAACACCUCUUCCAAGUCCGUCAUCGAGCACCACUUGUUCAUCCCGGCGGCAGACCCAGCCGAGACUAUGUGGUCUGUGGCUCCUCCAACUCUUGAGGAGGCCAAAAAGACGUAUGAUAGCGACGACAUCACUUAUACUAGCUCAUUGCCUUCAGUUCUGAAAAGUGCAGUAUCACACGGGGGUGGGGAGGUCAUCCUUCAUGUCCUUCCUAGGACCACUGCCUACCCCGCACUACCAGAAAUUAUCGACCAAACGUCAGGCCUGGUUUUAGAGCAAGAGUUCCUCUUCCCUGCUCUCCAUGCUGUUCGCCUUACCAAAGACGAAUGCGAGAUUUCUCUCAUCCGCAAGGCCAACCAAAUAUCAAGUGGCGCUCAUGAGGUUGUCAUGAGGGAAUUGGGACGAUUUGCGCAGAGCAGGAUUGCUGGCGAUAAGGAAGUAGCAGUGAGGAGCGGUAAAGAGAGUAUCCGAGAAUGGGAGAUUGAGAGUGAGCGAGACGCGGAAGCAGUCUUUGUGGCCUCUUGCAAGCGUAUGGGCGCCACUGAUCAAGCCUAUCUCCCCAUCGUCGCGAGCGGCAGCAGAGCUAGUACUCUUCAUUACGUUUGUAAUGACCGCCUCUUCCCAGCUCUUCCCCGAAAGCAAGGCGAUGUCUCCUUCUCCCAUAACGUCUCUCGAGGCUGCUGUGGCGACAAUCUCAACUCCCUCGAGUCUGCUUUGCAUGGCGACUCCUUCUUCCCUCAACUUUUGUUGAUCGACGCUGGUUGUGAAUGGAAGGGUUACGCCUCAGACAUCACUCGAGUGAUGCCUGUCGGCAAUGGCGGUAAAUUCACCAAAGAGGGCGGGGCCAUCUACGACCUUGUUUUGAGAAUGCAAAAGGAAUGUGAAGCCCUUGUCAAGCCUGGUGUGCAUUGGGACUCUAUCCAUCUUCACGCCCACAAGGUUCUCAUCGACGGCCUCCUCGCCCUCGGUAUCCUCACUGGUUCCCCUGAAGCCAUCCUCCAAAGCGGUAUCACCGCUGCCUUCUUUCCCCACGGCCUGGGACACUCUAUAGGUCUCGACACACACGAUUCCCUGCAGUAUCUCCGUUCGGCGCGCGUCGCUUUACCCCCCACGACGGCGACUACGCCCGACAAAUUAUACAAGUAUCUCCGGCUCAGGCUGCCCCUUUUGGAGAACAUGGUCGUCACUGUGGAGCCGGGAUGUUACUUUGCGGCUCAGCUCAUGAAAGAGCAUGGUGUUUGGGAGAGCGAAUUUGUGAAUCAGAGCGAGCUGGAGAAUUACGUGGACAUUGGAGGGGUCAGGAUUGAAGAUGUGGUGGUGGUCAGACAGGACGGCGUAGAGAACCUGACUACGGUGGGCAAAGAGAGAGAGUGGAUCGAGAGUGUUUGCUCUGGCACUUUGUAA